CUCAAUCACGUGUCUACCUCCUCUUCUUCCUUUUAUGUGUGUUAACCUCAUAGAUGUCACUCCCAAAAAAAGGUAAAACACCAAAACACCUUCUAAAAAUAAAAAUAAAAAACAACCUCACCCACCGUCGGGGGUAAUUCCGUAACUUCCCAACAGUCCCUCCAUUCCCGCGGCGUAACAACAGGGUCAGUUCUGUAAAUUAAGCAAACAUGAAACUGAAUCGCGGCGGUGGAGAGCACCACCACCACGAGGCCCUGAAGUUUUCAAGCUUCUUCUUCAUGCCUGAGCGUCCACGUGAGUACCUCGUGCUCUUCACACGCUUCUCCGUCCUCACGUGCCUCAUCGUCUCCGUCUCUCUCGUCCUCCGCACCACUUUCUUUUCCUCCUCCGCGCCGGAAUAUUCCUCCUCCUCCUACGGUCUCCGUUUCCCCGCCGUUCCGUUAAAAGCCACAGCUCUCCCGCCGACAACCUCCGCCGGACCGAUCACCAUCUCCCACGUCCAGUUCUGCAUCGCCGGAGCAGCCGAGACAUGGCUAGAUCGGAGCCAGUACACCUCCUUAUGGUGGAGAAACACCACUAGAGGAUUCGUCUGGCUCGAUAAACCGAUUAACAACGACGAUAACCGGUUUUCAAUCCCGGUUCGUGUCUCCGAUCCGGGAUGGACUCGGUUUAGAUUCUCCAGCUCGAAAGCGGCGGUUAGGAUCGCUCGCGUGAUAUGGGAUAGUUAUCAGCUGAACCUCCCCGACGUGAGGUGGUUCGUGAUGGGAGACGACGACACCGUUUUCUUCGAGGAGAAUCUCGUCAAGGUUUUAUCGAAGUACGAUCACGAGCAGAUGUGGUACAUAGGAGGGAACUCGGAGAGCGUGGAGCAGGACGUGAUGCACGCGUACGAUAUGGCGUUUGGCGGCGGGGGGUUCGCGAUUAGUCGCCCGCUCGCGGCGCGUUUGGCGAACGCGAUGGACGGUUGUCUGCAGAGGUAUUUCUAUUUCUACGGUUCGGAUCAGAGGAUCGCGGCUUGCGUUAGCGAGAUCGGCGUUCCGUUCACCGAAGAACGCGGGUUUCAUCAGCUUGACAUAAGAGGAGAUCCAUACGGGUUUCUAACGGCGCAUCCAUUGUCACCGCUUGUAUCAUUGCAUCACCUCGUUUACUUAGAUCCCAUGUUCCCUAACAAAACCCCUAUCGAGUCUUUACAAGCCCUUAUGAAACCUUACACGCUGGACCCGCAUAGAAUACUCCAACAGGUUCAUUGCUAUGACCGCAAGCGUCAAUGGUCUAUAUCCAUCUCUUGGGGAUACUCUAUUCAGAUAUACAGUUAUUUCUUGACCGCUAAGGAGCUGGAUACGCCGUUGCAGACCUUCAAAACUUGGCGGUCUUCAAGCGAUGGGCCUUUCACGUUUAACACGCGGCCCUUGAAACCUGACCCGUGUGAGCGUCCAGUGACUUAUUUCAUGGAUGGAGCAGAGGAUGUGAGGGGUAGUGGGACGAAGACUUGGUAUAGUUUAGGGGAUAAGAAGUAUGGUCAUUGCGGAAAGAGUGAGCAUUCUCGGGUGGCCAAAGUGAAGAGGAUAUUAGUGACUUCAAUGAAGAUGGAUCCUGAGUAUUGGAACAAGGCACCACGGAGACAGUGUUGUGAGGUGAUGGAAGGAGGUGGAGGAGGAAGAAGAAAGGAGGAAGAAAUGUCGAUAAGGAUUAGAAAGUGCAGAUCUUCGGAGAUGAUAUGAAAACAACGUUUUGGUUUAGAGAGUUUAUAUUUGCACAUACGAGACUUCAUUUAGAUUUGAUCAUAGUUGGUUUCUAAGUUCCUAGCACUAUGAGAUGACGAUUUACUCUUAUAUUAUUACCUGCACUCGUGUGUAUUUUUCUAUAUGCAAACAUUUGUAUGAUUAGUCAGAAUAAUAUCCAACUCAAAUUCGAAAUUCGAUAGUUA